CAGCACUUUUAGGAUCUACUUUAGUGUUGCAAACACCAAUGUAACAACUGUAAGCACAUUUGUAAGAAAAAAAUUUCAGUUUUUUAUAAUAAAAUUAAAAAACAUCACGUUAACUAAGUUAACGGCUAUUAUAAGUUAUUUAUUUAGAUAUUUUAAAAAUGUCUUCCAACCGCGACGUUCAUGAUUACACGGUGGAAAUUAUGGAAGUGCCUCCUGAUGAGCUUAUUGAUCCAGCAGCUUCAGAAUCAGCAGGCUGCACACUGUUGCCCGACGACAAUCCAUUCAAGAUACCCGUAGCACCCGUAACCCCACUUUCCUCCAAGUCGCAGCAGAAGUCUCCGGGAUAUGCCCUAAAGUUCUCUAUGCCGGGUCACGCCUCCUGUGUUACUUCUGUAAAAUUUAGUCCGGAUGGCGAGUACCUUACCAGCGCUUCGGCGGACUGGUUUCUCAAGCAAUGGGACGUGGAAACUGCUUCUUUGAUCCAAUCGAUGACUGGGCACAAUCAUGGAAUUAAUGAUGUGACCUGGGCGCCAGUUGGACGAACGUUGGCCACUUGCAGCGACGAUAAAACGGUUAAGUUGUGGGAUGUGCGGAGUGGACGUUGUCAGAUGACUCUGGAGGGGCAUGGUGGCUUCACCUUUUCUUGCCGCUUCAAUCCUCAGGGAAACUUGCUAGCUUCUACAAGUUUUGAUGAAACCGUGCGCCUGUGGGACAUACGCACAGGCAGGACACUAAAGACUGUACCAGCCCACCUGGAUCCGAUCAGCUCUGUGGACUUUAACCGUGACGGCAGCCUCUUUGUGACCAGCAGCUUCGAUGGCCUGGUGCGCAUUUGGGACGCCACCACCUGCCAAGUGUUGAAGACACUUAUCGACGACGACAACACGCCGGUGGGACAUGUGAAGUUUGCACCGAAUGGAAAGUACAUCCUUACCUCCACCAUGAACAAUACCCUGAAGCUGUGGAACUUUCAGAAACCCAAAUGCCUUCGUUCUUAUCGUGGUCAUAAGAACGAGGUAUUCUGCAUGACUUCCAACUUCUCCAUCACGGCUGGCAUUUGGAUUAUCUCGGGAAGCGAAGAUUUGUCAAUAUGUAUCUGGAAUUUACAAACCAAGGAACUGGUCCAGAAGGUGGACACUCAGGGUGACCAAGUGCUCUGCACCGAUUGUCAUCCCACGGCGAAUUUAAUUGCUAGCGGAUCGUUGCAGAACAAUUACGAAGUUAAGAUCUGGCAAAGCACCGAGUAGUAGCAAAGUCUUAUAAAUAUUGACUGUCUCUAUUUAUUUAAACUUUUAUCAUUCAAAACAAAUUCUUCCAAGUGAGGAAAAAUAUGGUAACGAAUGUCAACCAAUUUUAAAAAUGAUACCACUUUUAUACUUUUAUUACUCAUUUAUUAUACUUAAAUUCUAUUCCGCACGUUUUAAGAAACAAUUUUAAUUUAUUAUUUGUUGAUUAACUGAUAAAAUCAAUUAUAAUUUUAAUG